AUGGAAUACCGGCUGGUGACAUUGCUGCUGUUUCAGGCAGUUUCUGCCUUUACAGUAUGGAAUGGUAUUCUUGGAAAAAACCAUUAUGUGAACAAAAGAGGACUCCUUGAAUUAUAUGGAACCAUAAAAUGUGGCACAAGCCGAUUUUCUCUGGCCUAUCUAGGUUAUGGAUGCUAUUGUGGUCCAGGAGGUAGUGGAUGGCCUAAGGAUGAAACAGAUUGGUGCUGCCAUAGACAUGACUGCUGUUACGACUUUGCAGAACAACAAGGCUGUAAUCCCAUAACAGAGAGAUAUAAGUGGACUUGUCAGGACAACACUGUGGUAUGUGAUAAGCCAGUCUAUUUUGUUUUUGUGCUCUACUUCAACAGAUGUCAAAAAAUAAUCUGCCAGUGUGACAAAGAAGCAGCUCGGUGUUGGAAAUCUGCACCAUUUAACAAGCACUAUGCCUUCUGGCCAAAUUUUCUUUGUGGCCAAACAUAUCCUGUAUGUGGCUACAGGAGUAACAGGCAUUAAGAGAUUUUUAUAAUAAACCAUUUAAAAUUGUUGAGUUUUCUUUUCAUAUUAGGCCCUUUAUUUGCAAAUUAUUCAACUGGUUGUACAAAGGCUACAGGUUUCCUGAUUGUUUAUACCUUCCUAGCUUCUGAAAUUAUGAAUAACAAUUUAGACUACUGUAAGUGGCCUGCAAAUAUCUAGGCAACCAAUUGAUGGCACCAGAGAGAUCUAGAAUUCCUGCCAUCUGGUGGUCAUCAGCCAGAAACAGAGGGGUUCCACUGUUGCAGAAUGUUAUUUAGAAAUGUAUGCUGUAUAAGUGGUUUUGAAAAUGUGCAUAUGAACAUUUGUGUUACUGAAGUGCAUCCACCAGUUUAAGAAGCUAACAUGAUAGAAUAUAUGUUUACCAUAUGACUCCGUUCUGUUUAGAAAGACAAUCUAAUUUUAUACAAAUAUCAAGUCUUCUUUUUUAAAAAGGCGGGAAGUGAGAGAACAACAAUACAAAACAGCAAUGGAAAUCAGUACAAUAAAAAACAGAAUUGGGACUGUCAUGUGACUUUGGUACAAAAGGAAGAGAAAAGUUCUCUCUUGCUAGUGAACAAUUCAUUUCCCACAGGAUAUGGUUUUA